AGGCGGAGAGGCUCAGGAGCGGCGGCGGCCCGCGGAGGGAGCCUGCGCCACAGCCCCCCCCCCCGGGCGCCUAGGCCUGGGGCGCGCUGCCGCUGCAUGGGCCAUGGCCGCGGAGGGGCCGCGGAUGGGGCGCACGGGGCCGCCACCACGCGCCCUCGGGCAGGGCUGCCCGAUGAGCGACUGGAUGGCGGAGCUGCCCGGCCACACGCCGCUCGCCAAGGUGACGAUGCCGGGCACCCACAACUCCGCCACCUUCGCCAUCAGCGCGAAGACGCACGUGGCGGGCUGGCCAUGGGCGUCCGCUUCCUUGACCUGCGCGUGCGCCCCGACGGCCAGCUCUGCCACGGGCGCGUCACCUGCGCGCUGACGCUCGUCGACGCCCUCAAGGCUUGCGGCGCCUUCCUGCGGGAGCACCCGGGCGAGGUGCUGCUGGUCCGCAUCAAGGACGAGGCCGGUGUGGAGGGGGCGGGAGCAAAACAGCAUUUCCGCAGCAGUAGACCACUUUUGAUAGGCUUCCGAGAGUCCUUGCGAGUGUCGCGGCCAGUGAAACUCGAGAAAAGCUCCACGGACUUCGCGAGGUAUCUCCACAACUUGGUCACCAGCACGGUGGACAAAAUCACUCCAACACUGAUCAGUUCAGACUUGGCCAGUUCAGACCAGCUGGAAACGUUGCAGAACUUGACAUCGAUCGUCGAGCUCACGUCGACCCUCUGCCAUCGCUGCCCCAGGGUCUUCAUCUCCAAGGGUAUGAAGUUUGCCAAGUACUUCGCGGGCUUCUUCAGGCGCAGGGCCCGCUCCAGAAACGCCAUGAGCGCCUCCAGGUUCUCCACCAGCUGGGGCCUCGGAGCUGCCUGUCCAGAGCUGCGCAGGCCGGCCGGCUCGGCCACCGGGGUGAAGAACACGUUCAUAUCCGUGGACGAGAGGUUCAUCGAGGACGUAUUCGAGAGCGACGACGAACAGACCGCGGCCCUGCGGACCAAGCGGCAGAUGACAGAGCCUGCGGUGGCGCGCCACAGGCAGGUCAGCAGAGACAGCCAAGAGGCCCCCCCGACCGCGUCGGCCGCUGGGCGCCAGCCGCAGGAGAGCAUCUGGCAGCCAAGCGGCAGCGAGACGACACGGCAGCUGACGGGCGACGACAGCUCUCUGGACGCCGCCUCGUUGUGGAACAGGUGCGUCACCGGGGGCUCUGCCUCCUGGCAAGAUCCGCCCGGGCAAGACGGUGCAGAGACGGUCAUGGUGCCCUACGCGUCGAUGGAGGGCUGGGUGGCCGCCGACUUCGUGCCCUUCCAGCUGCCCAUGCUCGGGUACGACACUGGCGCCAUGCCCGCCCAGGAGUGGGAGUGCGGCGCCGUCGAGGCGCAGGACGGCGUCCCCGCCGACUGGGGCGAUACCCUGACCGUCAUGAUGCGCAACCUGCCGAACAAGUUCUCGCAGCAGAUGCUCCUGGAGGAGAUCAAUCUGGCGGGCUUCGCUGGCACGUACGACUUCCUCUACCUCCCCAUCGAUCCCGACACAAAGGCGAAUCGGGGAUACGCAUUCAUUAACUUUGUCGGCCCGGCGCAGUCGUGGAUGUUCAGGAGUUAUUUCGAGGGUCGGCGGAUAGGCAACUUCAACUCUGGCAAGGUGAUCACCGUGAUGCCCGCCACGCUCCAGGGCUUCGACGCCAACCACGCGCACUACGCCAGCGCGCGCGUGAGCCGGGGCGACCCAAGCCUGCGGCCGCUGUUCCUGCGCCAACCCUCGAGGGCGAGCGGGGCGGGCGCCGCCAAGCAGGCGUCGGGCUCGGGGCAAACCCAGCGGCGCCGACGCGGCCGCAUGAGCCUCAUCGACGCAGCGGCGCAGCUUCCGGUCGCGGACGCCGGUGCCCGGCCGCUGGGGCGCCCAGAGGAGGACCUCCAGUCGGGGGCUGCUGAGGCCGACCCCGCCGCCGGCACGAGCCACGGCCCGCGGCUCAACGUGUGCUUCUGCCCGUACUGCGGCGGCAAGGCGGAGAAGGACUUCCGCUUCUGCAAGUUUUGCGGCAAGGCCCUGCCGGCUUCUUCCUGAGGGCCCAGGCCUCUGGCGGGGCCGGUGCGCUGACUGCGCGCACGCUGGCGCCAACGGCGGCGCUGGCGGCUGCACCGGCGGCGGGACCAAGGGCCCAGUCGCCCGCGGCGCGCCCCUCCCGGGGCCGUCGCCUGCGCUCGUGGACGCGCCCCCCUCGGUAUAUGUGCACUCCUCCUCCUCCCUCCUCCUCCUCCUCCUCCUCCUC